AUGCACAGCGGCUUGGUUGAAACUCUUCUCAGCGCUCUCGCAGCACAUUGGGCGCUGGCACUUACAGCAGUCACCCUUGCGUGGCUCGUGAGAAACAGAUAUCAUCAUGGUCUGAAUAAAUAUCCUGGACCUUUUCUGGCUUCUAUAACAGAUUGGUGGAGGUUCUGGGAUGUUUAUGGCCAGAGACCUGAGGUUACACUGAGAAAACUCCAUGCCAAGCAUGGCGAUAUUGUUCGGAUAGGACCUAACACUCUAUCCUUUUCGGAUCCUGCUGUUCUUAAGCAGAUCUAUGGUCUUAGCAAGGGAUAUGUCAAGUCCGACUUUUACAUCGUUCAGCAAUCAGUGGUGAAAGGCCACCGUCUAGCAUCCCUCUUCAGCACAACAGACAAUGACUUCCACUCCUCAUUCCGCCGCAGUGUCAACUCUGCCUUUUCCAUGAGCGCCCUUGUCCAGUACGAGCCUUUUGUGGACAACACCACCAAGCUCUUCCUCGAACAGACAGAAAACCUCUUCGCUAAGAAAUCUGAUGUUUGUGACUUUACCCAAUGGCUACAGUUCUACGCUUUCGAUGUCAUUGGCGAGAUCACUUACAGCAAGCGCCAUGGCUUUAUUGAGAAGAAUGAAGAUGUUGAGGGUAUCGUUGCGUACCUGUCCAAGCUCUUCCUCUACGUUGCACCCGUCGGUCAGAUCCCCUUCCUUGAUCUUCUAUUCCUCAAGAACCCCCUUUACCUCAAGCUUUCUCAGUGGGGUCUUUUCGACUCUACUUUCCCUGUUGCACGAUUUGCCCGCGCUCGCAUGGCUGAACGUCUCAUUCCUGAGCUCCACGCCAAUGAUGCCUUGCCCACUAGCAACAUCAAGAAACAGCCUCUCGGUCAAGAUUUGCUGUCCAAGUUCAUCGCUGCUCGCGAAGCUCGUCCUGAUUUCAUGACCGAUACUCUCGUACAGACUAUGGCCGUCUCUAUGGCCUUUGCUGGUUCGGAGACUACUGCCAUUACAUUGUCUGCUGUUUUCUACUACCUUCUUCGAAACCCUGCUUGCUACGAGAAGCUCAAGAAGGAACUUGACGAUGCUGCCAAGUCCGGUGCCUUCUCUGACUACGAAUCCGGUCUUGUCACUUUCGCCGAAGCUCAGAAAUUCCCUUACCUUCACGCUUGUGUCCAAGAAGCUUUCCGCAUGCAUCCCGCCCCUGGUCUUCCCCUCGAACGAAUUGUCCCUCCUCAAGGUGCAGAGAUUAACGGUGAGUUUGUCAAGGGCGGCACCAUUGUUGGUGUCUCUGCCUGGUUGAUCCACCACCGCGAGGAGAUCUUCGGCCCUGACACCGAUACUUACCGUCCUGAGCGUUGGCUUCCCGACCCUAGCCUCAACCCUGAGGAUGAAGAUAAGCGUAUCAAGAAGAUGACCGGUAUGAUGUUUCAAUUUGGCAUGGGUAGCCGAACAUGCAUCGGCAAGAACAUUAGUCUGUUGGAAAUUUACAAGGUUGUGCCAAGUCUUCUGCGAAGAUUUGAGAUCGGCUUUGACGACCCCAGCAAGGAAUGGAAGAUUAUCAACGCAUGGUUCGUCAAGCAGACUGAUUUUAAUGUGAGAUUCACCAGAAGGGAACUGGUACAGCCAGAAUUCUCCGAAAAGUAA